UCCCCAAUGGAAACAGCCAAACAUCAGAUUCACGAACAAGGCCACGAUCUCGUCCUCAGAAUGGCAGUCAACCACUCCAAUUUUCCUCCAAAGCGGUGCGGUGUUCUGGGAGCCACGGGCAGUGUCGGCCAGCGAUUCAUUCUGCUGUUGGCGCAACAUCCUCACUUCCAGCUCACUGCCGUGGGAGCAUCGCCGCGCUCUGCUGGGAAAGCGUACAAAGAUGCGGUCAAGUGGAAACAAGCUACGCCCAUGUCCAAGGCUCUGGGCGAGCUGGUGGUGAAGAGCUGCACUCCGGAGGAGUUCAAGGGUGAAGUCGAUAUUGUCUUCUCUGGCUUGGACAGCGAUGUUGCUGAAGAUACUGAAAUGGCCUUUCUCAAAGCCAACAUUCCCACCUUCUCCAACGCCAAAAACUACCGCCGCAACCCUCUCGUCCCUCUCGUUGUCCCGACUGUCAACCUCCCCCAUCUCGACCUGAUCCCGCACCAACGCUCCCACUUUCAACUCGAAAAGGGCUUCCUUGUCUGCAAUUCCAAUUGCGCAGUCAUAGGCAUUGUAAUCCCCUUUGCAGCGCUCCAAGCCAAAUUCGGCGAGAUCAACACCGUCUCCGUUGUCACCAUGCAAGCCGUCUCCGGAGCAGGCUACCCCGGCGUCAGCUCCAUGGACAUCAUCGACAACGUCGUUCCCUUCAUCAGCGGAGAAGAAGAUAAACUCGAGACAGAAGCACGCAAGAUUCUAGGAGGUAUCAACACGGAAAAGAACGCUUUCACAGAGCAGAGUGCUCUUCGGAUAUCAGCUGCAUGCAAUCGUGUGCCCGUGUUGGACGGCCACAUGGCGUGCGUGUCGUUGAAAUUCGCAAAACAACCCCCGCCGAGCGCGCAAGAGGUGAAAGAGGCUUUGAAGGCAUAUGUGAGUGACGCUCAGAAACUCUCAUGUCCCUCUGCGCCUGAGAAGGCAAUUGUGCUGUUUGAUGAUGAUCAGCCCGAUCGUCCGCAGCCCAGACUGGACCGUGAGUUGGACAGAGGGUAUGCCGUGUCUGUGGGACGAGUGCGAGAAGAUGAGAGUGGAAUCUUUGAUAUCAAGUUUGUGGCUCUCAGUCAUAAUACUGUCAUUGGAGCUGCUGGUAGUUCCAUCCUCAAUGCUGAGGCGGCGGUUAUGAGAGGUUAUAUCUAGAUGGCCAGAAUUGUAAUUGAGCACACACAAGGGUAUUGGGAUCAGGAGGCGUUGCAUCGCAUCAGAGCCCGUGGCAUCGACACUCCUGGGGAAUAUAAUGCCAAUCAGCCCCCGCUCGUCAAUCAACGGAGGCAUAUAGGCCAAUACGGGAGGUGGUGAUCAAGGGCUCGCCGAAGAUCCUUUCUGGCCUUACAGCUGGUAAACAGACGAAAUACAAGCCUCCUCGCCGUAUUGGUCGGGAGACUCGAUAAUAUUGACAGGUGUCUAAUAGUCUCGAAGUUGCUACCUAUAGCUUUAACAGAUACAUUCAAGCUACCGCAUAUCCUAU